UAUGAGAUAAUAACAAGCUCAUAUUUAGACUCUCUAAACUAUGGCAGCCAGAUUAAGCUCAACAAUCUCAAAUAGAAGAUCGGUUUUAAAUGAAAGUUAAUAAAUCUACAAUCAAUAAUUAAAUCUUUCAGUUAAUCAAUCCUUUAACAGCCCAAAAUUAAUAUCUAAUCAUUAAUCAUUUAUAAUUUCAUAGCCAAUGAAUCAAAGUAUGAGAGAAACUGUCCAAGGUGUUCGAUGUGCUUCACCAUCCUUAAGAAUAUAAACAGAAAAAAUAGAAAAAGAGGAUAAGAAAUAAUAAUAAUUUAUUGAUGCCACAAUGAAAUUGUUGGCGCAAAAUGAGAAAUUAGAAAAAUUAAUUUGUGAAUAAAAUGAAAUGCUAGCAAUUUAUAAAUAAGAUAAGUAGGAAUUAGAAUUUAAAAUAAAGAGAUUAUCCUAAGAAAUUAUAUUUCUGAAAGAUGCAAACUCUAAGAGAGUAAUGGCUUUAGAAAGGGAGUUAAAGUAGGUUAAAGGAAAAUCUUAGCACUAACCGAAAAAAUUUCUUCGAUGA